UGCGGCGGCCGCCGCGCGGCAGCGCGCCGCUGCGGCUCCGGACUGGAGUGCGUCAAAAGCGAUGCGGACAAGAAGAACAAGCUGGGACUGUGCGUCUGUAAGAGCGACUAUGACGUCUGCGGUACCGACGGAGUGACAUACAAGAGCGGCUGCGCACUGAAAAGAGCCAGCUUGGCAGCCCAGAGUCAGGGCAAAGAACCCAUCAACGUCCAGAACAAGGGCCGCUGCGCCACAGCUCCGGUCAUCGUCACUCCACCAGGUGAGGUCUACAAUGUGAGCGGCUCUCAGGUGUACUUGAGCUGUGAGGCGGUGGGCGUGCCCACACCUGUCCUCACCUGGAAGAGGGUGAGUUUCAUCAGUCAGCAGCCCCUUUAAAAAUUAUGUUUCUUU